GCUCCAAAGAAAGAUAAGGCUCCUCCACCAUCUUCCAAGCCCGCCAAAUCUGGCGGUGGCAAGCAGAAGAAGAAGAAGUGGAGCAAGGGAAAGCAGAAGGAGAAGGUGAACAACCAGGUGCUGUUUGAUCAGGCUUCAUAUGACAAGCUCCUCUCUGAAGCACCCAAAUUCAAGCUCAUCACUCCUUCCAUUCUCUCUGAUCGUCUGAGGAUUAAUGGGUCACUUGCAAGGAAGGCGAUAAGAGAGUUGAUGGCUAGAGGUUCGAUCCGGCUGGUGUCCGCUCACGCGAGUCAGCAGAUUUACACUAGGGCAACAAACACCUAGAUGUAGUACCGCGCAAGAUCAAUGAAGAAAUUUUUGUUUCAGUUUGAGAUGUACCUCAGACUAGACUAAUGUUGAAUGCAUCUGAGGUUUUUUUUUCUGUCCUUGAUAAUAUAUAUGGCUUUUGUUUGUUUAUCAUUUUGAUAUUCUCGCCAUGUUUGCAAUCUAUUUAGUUGAAUUGCUAAUUUGGUGGAGAUUCAAUUUUGCAACCGACUUGUUACUGUUGCGCCGUGCUUAGUAUUUUGUUAAUUUCUAAUUCGACCUGGAAAUUCAUUUGGGUAUGGU